CAUGUCAAUCUCAAACAUUAUAUAUAUUCCUUUUGAUAUUUAUGAUUGAACCAUCUAUAAGUGCUUGGUUGCUUAGUUUAAUAACUCUUUCAAUAACACAUGUACUCCUGCUAAAACGCUUCCAUAAGUUCUUUUAUCAAAUCUUUGAAGAUUUGAGUUGAUGUGCAUUAAAUAGGAUUGUACUGCAAUAUUAAAGAGCAUUAAAUCUAGAUACUUUUUUGUUUAAUGUUCUUUUUCAUCUGUUGGCAACUAAAACUGAUAUACAGAAGCACUACAUAAUUUGGGUUCUUUUCUGAUUAAGUUUGUAUCAUCUUCUUCCAUGGAUUCUCAAUAUUCACGGCAAGACUCAGAGCAUGAAAAUGUUGAUGAGGUCUGUCAAGUGGCUAACAAAAGGCCUCCAAGAGGUCCCAGCUUUAAUGUAGAGGAGGAUAAACUUCUUAUAAGUGCUUGGUUGAAUACUGGUAUGGAUUCAAUACAAGGCAAUGAUCAAAAGCUGCAGACUUUUUGGGGGAAAAUUACAGAGUACUAUCAUCAGUAUAAGUCCUUUGACAGUGAUCGUUCACAAUCGAUGCUGACACAACGGUGGGGAAAAAUACAAAAGAUGGUGAACAAAUUUUCAGGAUGUUUUGCAGCUAUAAAUGAAAGGCAUGAAAGUGGGAAGACUGAACAAGACAAGAUUGCAGAUGCAAAGAAGAUGUUUGAAGCACAAGAAAAGCUUUGGUUCAAUCUUGAUCAUGCUUGGAUUUUGUUGAGGCACCAACCAAAGUGGAUACAAUUAAUGCAAGAGCUGGACAGCAAGAAAAGUAAGCAAAGAUCUAAGUCUUGUAUAACUAAUAUCUCAUCAUCUUCAACUACAGGCCAUCUCAUAGAUAUUGAAGAAGACACGAACACUUGCUUUCCAGUGUCUAGACCACUGGGUAAGAAGGUUGAAAAAAGAAAGCUGAAAGAAACCACUGGUCAAUUGGUGCAAAUACAAAAAUUACAUCAAGAGAAAAAAGAAAGAGAUGAAAAGAAACUAGAAAUUAUGGAGAAAGUUGAAGUUGACAAAGAGAAACUGCGAGUUAGGAAACUUGAGGCUGAGAAUAAGAAAUUUGAGACUGAGAUGAGAAUUAUGUAUAUGGAUACAUCUACUAUGAAUCCUGAGCAGAGGGCAUAUUAUUCCAAACUUUAGAUGAAAAUUUUGCAAGGUGAUAUAUGAAGUUUGAUAAGUUUAUUCCUUCGAUUGUUUUUGAGCACUACUUGGUCUUGUAAUAUGCAGCAUGAGUCUGUAUGGAGGUCAUGAAAGCCUUCUAGAUUUUUUUGUUUGGAUCAGUUUGUUGGUUUCCAGCAGUGCACUUGAUG